AUGGUUUCAGCACUUGACUUAAAAGCAUUAAACAUUUUCCUCAAUGGUCCAAUUACCCACGAUAUGAUCCACAAGUUGGUUGUUGCUACAUUACAAGUCAUUCCAUGCAAAGAUACCAAAUCACAAACUUACACCACUACCAACAACACUGUGAAGCAAUUACCUUCAUUGAUGACAUUUCUCACCAAAUUGAUCAAAUACACCAAUGUAUACACAGGUACUUUAAUGGCUAAUUUGAUUUACUUGCAAAAAUUGAAAACCAAAUUGCCAAAAAACGCUCAAGGUUUACCUUGCACUAGACACAGAAUCUUGUUGAGCUGUUUAAUCUUGUCUAGUAAGUUCCACAAUGAUUCUAGCCCAAAAAAUAAGCAUUGGGCUAAAUAUACUGAUGGAUUGUUUAAUGUUAAAGAUAUCAAUCUUAUGGAAAGGCAAUUGAUUUAUUUAUUGAAUUGGGAUUUGAAGGUUUCUAAUGAAGAAAUGGUUGAAGUAUUAGGAUCAUUUUUGGAACCAGUUAGAGCACAAAUUAUCAAGCUGGAAAAGAUCAAAUUGUGGAAACAACAACAAGCACAACAACAACAACUUUAUGCAUCUGCUACCGCUACUGCUACUACCGCUGCAUCCACUGUUCCCGCAACUACUACCCCAGCUUCUGCAUAUCUUACUCCAUCGCCAUCCAGAUCAAGCUCGGUCAGCCCAUCAAAUUCAUCCACUAGCUCCAACUCAUUAUACAAUCAAUUACACUACAGACAAGAUUCUCAAAGUUCAAUUUCAUCCAUCAGUUCAUCCAAAUCAACAAAUUCACUUUUCUCAACGAGAUCAAACUCAUCAUCAGGCACUUCAACAUGUUCAGUAUCGCCAUUGCCACCAUCAACUGCUUCAUCCACUCUUGUUGAAAAGAAACCACAACAAGCUAAUCAAUACAUGGUUGAUCCACUUAUUGAAUUUGCUGCAAUGAAGGAAGAGAUUGAAUUGAAUAACUUGUUGAAGAAAUUCAACAAAUCAACGAUCUAA